AUGGAUCAGUCCUCGACACCGCGCGUCAGCUGUCCGUACCUAAACAGCUACGUCGGUCGCAACGUGCUGGUCGUUGGCAAGGUGGUGCAGCUGCGCGGUGACAGCGCGAUUGUCGACGCAGACGGACACAUCACUGUGCAGCUGAACAGGGAAUCACACCUCAUCUCAGGCAAUGCUGCUCAAAUUGUCGGCAAGAUUACGCCAGACCUCUCUAUCAAGGUGCUGAGUGCGCAGGAUCUCGGACUAGACGUCGAUCUCGAGCUAAGCCAGAAGGUCGUCGAGGUGGCACAGCAGAACAAGUCUCUCUUCGCGUAUGACGGAUAG